UGACUUAAUUUCUUCCUAAGUUCUUCUAGCUCUGUGAAGAUACCAAUGGCCGAGGGGUUUACUUUAAUGAGGCAAAAAAGUGUACGAGACUCCAAAGAUUCCAAAAAACUACAAGAACUCCAAAAGGACUCCACAAAGGCUCCAAAGGGAAGUAUACAAGACUCCAAGUUCGUUCUCGAACUCGUUUCUGACCCCUCGUCCAUCACAGAUACUACUAUCCUGCUUAAUAUUGAGCACCUUGAUAGAGUCUUGUCAGAGUUGGAGCAUUUUGCUGAUGCUGAAUGGGAACAUUUUGGGCUCAAGUGUGGCCUGCACUAUAACACAUUGAAAAGAAUAGAAAGUGAUACUGGGUCUACUAAAAAACGUUUCAGAGAGUGCGUGGCUUGCUGGCUGAGGAGAGAGGAUGAUGUUGAUAAAAAAGGAAAACCAACUUUACAAAGGUUGGCUGAUAUAGUGGAGGUUACUGGAGACAAAGCUGCAGCAGAAAAAAUCAGGAUUAAAUUCAGAGAAGGUAAUCAUGAAGCUAUUCAGAUAUUCAACACUCAUCAUCCACUCCUCUCUCAGUCUCUCUCUGAUCCUGUCAGUGUAGCUAUUAUGCUUCAAAGAGAGGGUGUCAUAACAGGACAAGUAUUGGAUAGUGUGGAAUCAGCUAGUCCCUCUGUUCCUAAUCAACGUGAAAUCCUGUUAGCUGCCAUUAGAAAAGCUAUUCAAAGCAAUUAUAGUUCACUACAAACAUUUGCUAGUGUGUUGUGCAAGUCCAAUGGUAAUGUAGAACUAGGAACAUUUAUACAAAGAGACUAUAAUAAGCAUAUUUCUAGUAAUGAAGUUGUUAAUAUUACAAUUGAAGAAGAAGUUGAAAUUCCUGUUCUAAAGAGUAAAUCAAGAGAAUUUAGUUCAAUAAGAGCUUCACUUGGAAGGAUGCUGUAUAAAGUAGACAAAGCUAUAUUGAAGAAAUCUCCUUCUAUAGAUGACAUAAAAUUGCUAAUUAAAUCAUACAAUUUAGAUCUAAAGCCAAAGCUAGAAAAUUGUUUGGACUUAUCUGAUGUAUUAGAUGUGGUUAAAGGAGAGUGUUCAUUGACUGAUAUUAGUCUAUUGGAAGCUAUAGUUGAAAAAUUUGAAGUCACUGAAGCUGAAAGAUAUAUUGAACAAUACAAGACAACACUGGAAGAGUUUUGUCAUUCAAUGUCAGUUGAACUUUGCUUGAAGGAGAAGUUUGAUGCUGUCAAUACUAGCCCUUCUCUUAAAUGUGAAUCAGCAACUUAUGUCUUUGACUGGAGACCUGACGAAAAGAAAUUGAAGGAUAUUACUGACAUUCUUUCCAAGACGUCUGGUAAAUUUGUGAAGAUAAAGUAUAUUGAUACUGGAUACUCCAUUGUGGUCACUUGCUCCUUCUUUCGAUCUGUUAUGAAACGUCUCAUUAUAAAAUUGAGUGAGAAUCUUGCAUUAUUAAAAGAGAGUGGUCUAAUGAAGCUUACUGUUGGAUACCGUACAAUAUGGAUCAAAGACGAGAUACAAGAAAUUAAGGAACCACUGGAAACAAAAACAAAAUCUGAACUACCUCAGGCAACAAAAGUGGCUAGUGUAGGAGAGAAAAUAGAACUAAAAGUCCUCUUUAUUGGUGACCUUGGCGUUGGAAAAACAUCAAUUGUCCAGUUAUUAAAGAAUAAAAAAGUGAUUUGGUUUCCGCAAACUACAAUUGCCCUUGAUAUUGUAUCAAUUGAUGCUGAAACUCCUGACACAAUAGUAGAACUACACCUUUAUGAUACAGCAGGGCUGGAACGCCACAGAGCAUUGACAAGACAGUUCUAUAGAAAUGCUGACAUUGCUAUUUUUGUGUUCAGCAUUGAUGAUGGUGAUUCAUUCCGCCACAUUGAGCAGGUUUGGAGACAAGAAGUUUUGAAUCAUAAUGAAAAAGACAAUGUGAAGAUGAUUCUCAUUGGUAACAAGGAUGACUGUAAUGAAGAGAGGGUCAACCCUAAAUCAACAAGCGAGGAAUAUGCUGAAAAAAAUGACAUGAAAUUUAUUGAAAUGUCUGCCAUUAUAAGAUAUGAUCAUAAAAAGGUGAACUCUGUCCUUGAAGAAGCUGCAGCUGAAAUUGUACGCCAAAGAGGUAAUACCAAUAUAGGAGAAGAAGAUGAAAAAAUAGAUCAACAUAAGCCAGAACCUGCCCCUGUCCAGCCUGCCCCUAUCCAUCCUGCUCCUGUCAAGCCUGCCCCUGUUAAGCCUGCCCCUGUCCAGCCUGCCCCUGUCCGGCUUGCUCCGGUCCCUGCAGCACCACAACAAGAACGGGGUGGUUGGUGUUGUUAAAGAGCAACAAAAAUGCAUUUAUAGAUCUUAUAAAUGUAAAGAUAAUAUUUAUAAAUUAUAUUUGUGUGUAUAUAUUUUAUUUU